AUGGCGACGCUGGCUUCUUCACUUCUCCUGCUGCUUGCUCUGUUGACGGUGCAGACGGUGGCCCAGGCUCCUGUAGACCCGCUCCGAAAUUUCUGUCGGAGGUAUGGCCAUCAGACUGCGGUGAUUGACCGCAAACUCUACAUUGACGGUGGCUGGCUCUAUGCCAAUCCCAUCUCGCAGAAUCCCAUAGCCACAAUGAAUGAAGGCCUACUGUUCUGCGACCUGGACCAGACAUAUCAAGACAUGCCGCCGGAGUAUGCCAACUUGACAAAGAACUCGUCGGUCCCGGACGUGGCUGGAGGCACAUUGUGGCAAGAUGAGGUCAACAAGGUCUUCUGGUUGUACGGUGGCGAGUUCUCGGCGGCGCCGUCGGCGUUCCAGCUCUGGGGUUACGACGUGGUCUUGAACCAGUGGAAUCUGUCAUCGCCCCAUGUGGGAUCGACCGCGUCGAUACAGAGGGUGUCGUGGGGAGCCGGCGUGGCCAGCAGCGAGAUCGGCAUGGGCUUCUACUACGGCGGCUAUCUCAACAACCUGACCACUCCGCUGUGGACGGGACCGCCCCUGGCAACGAGCAACCUGAUCAUCUACGACAUGGACCAGAACAGCCUCACCAACAACACUGGCUACGACAACAUCGGCAGGGCCGAGGGCAUCAUGGUGUACAUCCCCGCCUCCAUGUCCGGUCUGCUUGUGUAUUUCGGGGGAGUCACCUUCCCGUAUGGCAACGAAACUGAGGUCCCGGCACCCAUGAACACCAUCAUGAUCUACGAUAUUUCAGAUGGCAAAGGCUCAUUCAUGUUUCUUCUCUCAACAGCCAAGUGGUAUACCCAGACAGCCACGGGGACCGUCCCAGAGAUGCGACGCAAAUUCUGUGGCGGCGCAACUUGGGCGGAUGACCAGUCUUCCUACAACAUUUACCUGUAUGGUGGAUUUGGGUUUGGAGAGAACACGACCGGCUUCGACGACGUCUACAUCCUGACAAUGCCGACUUUCGAAUGGAUCAAAUGGUAUCCCGACAGCCCGGGCCCAGGGUCACCGCACGGCAUGCUCACCUGCAAUGUGAUUGACCGCGGCCAGAUGAUAGUCAUGGGCGGAAACUUCACCAACACGACUGCGUGUGACGUGCCCGCCAUCCAGGGUCAGCAUAACCUGAAUCUGGGCCAGUACGACAGCACCAACGCCAAAUGGUACCCUUACCUGCCGAACCUGACGGAUUACUUUGUGCCCCCAGCGAUCCUGCAAGUUGCGGGUGGAACACCUGAAGGCGGAGCUAUCAAGAAAGCACCAGUGUCUGGCUGGGACGACGACCGCUUGUCAGUUUAUUUCAGCGAGAAAGCCGUCGUCGCCGCACGUACGCCGACGCGUGCCCUUCCCGCAGCGACCACGACGCCUCCGGCACCUAAGCCACCCCCCUCGCACCCGCCGGGCAACAAGACCGACACUGGAGCGAUCGUGGGCGGCGCCGUCGGAGGCACUGCUGGCCUGGUAUUGGUGAUUGCGCUCGCGUGGUGCUGCCUACGACGGCGCAAGAAUAGGAAGAGCAAUGCGCAGAGCGAUAAUAACCCCAACAACACCGCGGCGUCCACAGCGGCGACGACACCCAUCCCCGGCGCUGCGCAGCCAUUCAGUCCCACCUCGCCGCAGCAGCACGGGUACGUGAUGAACGAGAAAUACUCGACCACGGCGGUGGGCUCGCCGGGCUCGACGACCAGUCGCGUCGGCUCGCCGAGCGACCAGCUGCACUCGUCGUCGCAGUACAGCACACCGCCGCCUCUGCCUCCUCCUGCACCUGUACCUCCCCAGCAACUCCCCAGCAACUCCCCAGCCACCCAGAAUUUCCGAACUACUACUACGCCGCUACAGCUCCGAUCCCCGCACCCCAGCAGUAUUACCCCGUGGUCAUCCCGGGCCAGUCGCACCAGCAAUACCAACCUCACCACCACCAACACCAGCAACAACACCAAGGCUCAGGGGAUGACCCCGAUACCGUUCUACCCGCCUCCGCCUCCGCCACCUCCAGAUCCAACUCGCACGCAGUCCCACGAGAUGCCCACCGUGCGCAGCCCGGAGAUUGUCCAGGUCCACCAGCCGAAGCCGCUGAGGCCUGAGGAAGGGUUGGAAUAG